AUGUAUUCUGUUUAUACCUGGGUUCUAUUCAUAGUCCAAUUCACCAUGAUAGCAAGGACUGUAAGAACACAAGAGGUUAAUUCAGUUCUCGAUAUAUCUAUAGCAGGCUCAAGUCCUUGGAGUGCCUGUGCAAGAAACUCUUGCAAAUACAAAGCCGCUUGUCGAAGCGGUUAUAUCAACGUUGGAUGUUACUGCUUGUGUCCCGCUGGAUUUAGCGGUCAAACUUGUGAAAAAGGACCCGCGACUUGCAAGGAAGUUCAUGACAAGAAACAAAUACAAGAAAGUACUUUGGUUACGCUCCUUCUCGACUCUAAACCACUCUCUGUUCUUUGUCAAGUGGGUGAUUUUGGAUGUGGAGAUGGAGGGUGGACACCGGUAAUGAAGAUUGAUGGCAAUAAGAGAACCUUUCAUUAUAGCAGCUCUUACUGGACUGACAGAAACGAAUACAACUCUCCUGGAGGGGAGACUGGGUUUGACGAAAAUGAAAUGAAAUUACCCACCUACUGGAACACUUCGUUCUCUAGGAUCUGUCUUGGUAUGAGGAUCGAUCAACAGCUCAGGUUCAUUGUCGUCAACAAGCAGGCCGACUCUUUGUACUCACUAAUCGCUAAUGGGAAAUACCGCGAAACUUCACUGGGUCGCAACACUUGGAAGGAGAUGGUUGGUGCAAAUGCUUCUCUGCAGAAAAAUUGCAACAAGGAAGGUUUCAAUGUUGUUUGUCAGGCCACAGACUCCCCUAAAGCCAGGAUUGGUAUUGUUAGCAACCAACAGAACGAAUGCAACACAUGCAAGUCAAGGAUCGGCUUUGGUACAGGAGGAAGACCUGAUGAUUCAAACACGUGUGGCAAUGAAGCAAACUAGAGCCCGGAUAAUGGUGUGAAACACAUCAAAGCGAUGGGAUACAUUCUGGUACAGUAACGAACAUGUAGCAAUAAGUUAAAUUAGCGAAAUACAGAAGAGCCUAAUAAAAGCGGGGAUAAGCCCGAUGUAUAAAAGAUAUCAGCAGGGGAUUUUCGGGAACUUUAAUCCAGGAUCUUAUUUGAUCUGAGCCAUGCAGUCAUAGACUUUAAAUAAUUAAUAAUGGGGGGUAAGUUGCCAAAAAAAUGAGGUGCUGUGUCGGUG